AUGCAUCGUCGUGGUCGAAUGCUCAACCUUUUUCAAUUCAGAAAUCUCACCCCGGAGGGCCCUGUCGCAAUGGGAAUAUUCCUAAUGGGUGGGAUUGUCCAAGUAAGGGCUACGACUCGGCCACAGAGGUGCCCGAUUCCCAGGGAUUUCCGAGUGAUAUGUCCUUGGACAAAGAUGUUACUCACUCAAUACACGAUUACAAUCGUAUCAAGCUGCCCUAAAAGAAUGCAUACCGAUCAAAUGGAAUCUCUGGCCAUUGUGGACACGCCAACUGAAAUGGAAACAAUCGAGAAAUCCAACGGAAAAUCGCAAUUUUGGAUCGGUUUAAAUGCAAUCAAUUGUACGACAAGUGGUUGUCCCGUAACUGGACCUGUGGAAGAAGAUUUCACAUGGUCAAAUGGAGAAUAUUUGGAUGAGAACAAGAAUUUCACGUAUUGGAGAGAUGGUUUCCCUAGAUUGUUCAAAGAUGAAUCUUGUGUUGCCUACUCGCAAAAUGAUGGCACUUGGGUUAACAUGGUUUGUGAUUACAAAUUGAUGUCAAUUUGUUGGCGAGACGCAAAAGUGCCCGUGUCGACAACGCCGGCGAAAAAGAGA